AUCGCGCAGUGCGCCUGCUUGAGUCUGCUUGCGAGCCUGCUUGAGUCUGCUUGCCUCGCGGCUAGCUCCUCCGCUUUGGCCAUGGAGCAGCGGCAGAUUGAAGAGGAAGAGGAGCUUAUGCAGGAGGCACUUGCCUUGCUGGCUGACUGCCAGGACGACGACUAUGACGCCGCCAUCUCACGUUUGCUGCUGCCGUCUGACGAUGAGCUGCACAGCCCCGUGUCUGCCAAUCGCAGCGACCCCAUUAUGUCGACCACCGAAUUGGCUCAUGCUCCGAUGCCCGUUCCGCUCAACCUCGGCCUACCACCUAGUAACGCUACUUUCAGUGCGGAGGUCUCCCCCUCCGCCACUCCCACUCUUACGACCGCUACCAGUAGCCCCGUAAAGAAGACUCCCAUGUCGACCGCCAAGCAGCAGCAGCGCAAGAAGAAGGCGCCUUCGAGUACUGGCAAAAAGCGCAAAACGGCCUCUCACAACUCGAACCGUGCACGUGACGAACGCAAAGAAGAGCUCAUCUAUCUCCGCAAGACGGUGCAGACGAUGGAAGCGAGAUUGCGUACACUUCAGCUCUCACAGCGUCGAGCAUUGGCUGCGCCUGCGCUUGCAUCUGCGAGAAUCGCUCCUCGUGGAGAGGCGCAAACGUUUACCGAGGGCGCUUUCGCACUCGCUGCUCUGCAGGGCCAUGCUAUCGUGAGUGAGCCACCACGGUCCCCUGAAGAUAUGAAGGAGGACGCGGCUAUGGGUCCUGUCUGGACCGAAAUUGCAGCGCGCCAGUACCAGGAGCGUCGCCGUGUCGAACUGGAAAAUAUUAGACUGAAACUCAUUCUGGAGGGCCAGAUUAAGAUGGCCAAAAGCCUCGAAAAGAUGCUGACAAAACGCACCAGCUUGCGGGUGAUGGAGUCCAUUCAGGGCAAAUAUCUAACUAGUUUGCAGCACCGUAAGCCUACGUCGACAGAGGAAGAGGACGAGGCAGCCAUUUUUGCUCGUCUAGAAAAGGAAUUGGAGACUGCGCUGGACGAAGUGGACGUCGUUUUUGAGGCUAUUGGGCUGGCUCGCAUGGAGAAGACGUACGCGGAUGCUCAAGUGCGGCGCGAGAAUGGAACUACUAUUAUGGAGAUAUUCGCCAACAAGGUUGUUCCGUUCAGUGUGGAAGCUACGAGCCACGCAGUUUGGGAGCAUUUCGUCCACUCCAUGGACCACAUCCCGUCGCGCUUUGUUUACCAGAAGCAACUGAAGAAGACGGAAACAACGGACGACACGUUGAUGGAGAGCUUUGGUCUAGAGCUUGUUGGUAGCCGCAACGCGACUGCCGCUUUCAGAGUGCGCCAGAUCCGCCGGAAAUUUGUUCAGCCUCACCGGGUUGUAAUCGCGUGGCCCAUGUAUUCCGAGGCGCUCGAGCUCUCUGCCGAGCCUACAAAAGGUACUCUGUUUCACACACGAUUAGCUCAAGUCACCAAAUGA